AUGACACUCAACCAACCAAGCUCUCCCAACUCCCAGAACCUCCAACACCCCCAAGAAGACCCCUCCGACCCCCAAAAACCCACCCGCGAAGCCGUCUCCGCAUUCACUGCCUCCCUCCACUCCCUCGGCGCAAACUACACAUCAGAUCUAGUCGACCGCGCAAAGAAUUUACAUGGGAACUCCGAGGCGCUGCGGGCGCAGGAAGAACAGCUCGCGCGGACGACGGCGGACCUGCAUAAGCAGAAUAAUGAGUGGGGGAAGGUGGCGGAUGAGGCGCGUAAUGGGCUGAAGGAAAUCGGCGAUGUGCAGAACUGGGCGGAGAUGAUUGAGCGGGAUUUGUUGGCUGUUGAGGAGAUGCUGGGUGUUGUGGAGGAGGAGGAUUUUGAGAGGGAGCGGGAGCGGGAGCGGGGUGUAGAUAUUGGUGAGAGUGAUGGUGAGAUGGAUAUUGAGGGGCAGGCAGUUAAUGGAAGUCAGAAUGGGAAUGGGGGUUUGAAUGGGAAUGGGAAGAUUGGUGGGGAGGAUGGGGAGGAUGGGAAAGCGAUGGGAAAGGGCAACGCGAAGGCCAAGGGGCCAGAGAAGAAAGGGUGGUUUUCUUGGUGGUAA